AUUCAUCCAAUGAGGUUCCUCAGUCGAAAACUACAACUAUCGGAAAUAAGUCAUCAAUAAAGAUACCACCCACAGUAAAGACGAAAGUUCAACCUAAUACACCUUAUAUAGAAAAGGAUUUAUUGGAGGAGCCAAGUGAAGAAGAAACACCAAGAAUUUCUGUUAAGGAUAUUAAGGCAAAUUUCGAUCGUAAUGCUAAUCAAUCGCAAAAACCAGUAACUCCAAUGAGACCCCCAGUUACUGCACCAAAACCUAAAUCAUCUAGUUUAAAUAAUAAAAUAGCACCUGUUUUACCUUCACGACAAGUUAAGGAUGAUACUGUAAAUACUUCAAGGCCACCAUUACCGCCAAGGAAGCCACCUUCCUCAUCUUCCACACUAACAAAUGAUGAUAAUAAUGAUGAAAUACUUCAGACACCCUCAAUAUCUGCGAAAUCUGGGCAACUAGUAAGUAAAUCGUUUACUCAAAGCCAAGCAAAGAGUACUACGCAAGAUGUGGCGGGGCAAGCCGCAAGGCGGGGCAUAUCACAAGCAUUUGCACAAGGCAAAGCUGAAUACGGUGAAUCAAAAUACGGAAAAAAAGUUCCUGAUGGAUUUUUAAAUCGCAUAGAAAAACGUGCACAAAUAGAGGCAGACAAACAAGCACAAAAAGCUGCAGGAGAAGCUUUUGAUGAAAAAGUGACAGAAUUACGUAAAGAGAGUGUAUCUGACACACAAAAAUCGAAAUCCAGUAACAACGUUAAUAAUGGAUUUACAUUUUCAAAAGCGUCCGAUAUGGUUUCUAAUGCAUUAACAAAAUCAAAUUCUCUGAAACCUUCGAUUCCUUCAAGAAAAACCAAUAAUUCAGAAAUUAAAAUUCCUCGUAGGCCGGCGCAACAUAAUAAUCCUUUCAAAGAACAUAAUUUAUCUCAAGGUAUUAAGCCUGAUGCUAGAAAACGGUAUGAAAUUGUUUUCGGAGCAAAUAAAGAUGAUGACGGGUAUAUUGAUGGAGCUGUUGUCAAGGAAAUAUACGUACGAAGUCGGUUGGAUAAUCAAACUUUACGUAAAAUAUGGGAUCUCUUGGACACUGAUGGAGAUGGACGUUUAUCCAAAAACGAAUUUUGUGUUGGCAUGUUUUUGAUUGAUGAACGACUAAGAGGAAAUCCGGUUCCUGAUGAGUUACCUGAGCAAUUAUUAUGCGAAUAG